AUGGCCUCCUCAAGCGAAACAGACAUACCACAUCGACGGUGGUUAGUGGUUGGCACUGUUCUCAACAGAGUUCUCAUGCCAUAUCUCAGAAUGAAGAUUCAACAGGAAAUGAUUCCAUUUUACCAAACUCUGGUUGCAAAUUUUGGUAUAGACAAGCAAAUUUAUCGCUCUCACCAGAAAACUUUUCCUACAAGUGCGAUAAGGCUGAACUACGAAAGCAUCAACCAUAAUGCCGCCAGGUUUCGAGACCCGCGUUACUAUGACUAUCGUGUACAGGAUGAAGUUUCUUUAGCUAAGUUGUUUAUGAAGUCUUACAUGGCACAUUUCAAUGCAUUUGAUAAUUCUUUUGAUGCUUCAGCGGCUCUGGCUGUUCUUUGCUGUGCUCCACCAUUCACGUCUGCGAAGCUCACUGCUGAACGUGUGAGAUCUGAAGUGCGAAAUGCAUGGGCCCAUUGUGACGAUGUAUCAUGGACAGACGUCAAAUACGAUACAUGCUUUGAUCUAAUGAUAACCUUGGUUGAAGACCUAGGAUUUGCCCCAGCAGAAAAAGAAAAACUCCUGGGUAAUCUGCAGUUGUGGAGGGUACACGGUAAGAUACCAAUACCCAUUUUUUGAUUAUAAAGUAUAGCGUUUAACAAUAUAUGCUUCAGCUGGUGGCGCUCAGGAAUGAACCAUAGAAUUUGUGGAGAUUUACGUCCCCAGCGUCUUGUGGUGAUGUUUUUCACUUUACGCUAAUAUUCAAAUCAUUAAAAUUGGAAUUUAAAAAUAAUAUACGGUUUAGCGAAGCUGAAAAACAGAGAUCCUGCUGGGUAUUUUUCACUAGCCUUCACUUGAUUUCCCCGAAGGUUGUUGCAGAGUUUAUUUCCAGAAAUGUAGGGAUCGGUUACCAUUUGCAAAGAGGGGAUUAUCCAACUUUUUAAGCUAAAUUUUAAACAUCUGAUCGAGCAACGUUAGGUAUUCUCUGUACUGAAGAUGAUAACAUUUUAAAUUUCCGUUCGAAUUCGUUGAAUUGUAAAUUUAACUUGUUUUUCAUAGAAAUCUAGCCUUCGAAGCAAGCGUUUCCGCUCAGUUAUUAGUUUAUUGGCCACAAGGACUUAGACUACGAGUAGUCCCCCAUUUUUCCUCAGGGAUAGUAGCGCGAGCGAAACGCGAGCGCGCGUGAAAAACACCCCACGCGAGAAAAGGCGACACGCACUAUACAUUACUCCAUGACUAGUACAUUUCAGUUUGAAUUCAUCGCAUCUUUUGAAUGUAAAACAUUGAUAAUACUCACACUGGAAUGUGCUUGUCAUGGAUAUAUGUAUUGUCCGCAUUAAUUUGGAAAAAUUAGCAUAACGUCAAAACAGUGAGUGUUGUUGCGCGGAUUUUUGAGAGGUUCGUAGGAUUGGUUUGUCUUGAAAUUUCAAGGUGUUGCAGUGAAUCAAUCUUAAUGAAAGUUUCAGACAUUGUUACAUACAUUAUGAAGAUUAUGUGAAGAGAUUGAAAAAAAUCGUUCGAGUCGUUUCAGAGAUAUACAAAAAGGCGCUAAAAGUCCAAAUUUUGAAUGAAGUUGCACUUCUACAGGUGGUUACGAAACGGGUUAGGUUUUAAGAUCGCAAGAACGAAAAUACACCAAAAUUUCCAAGCAUCGAAAUAUGAUAUUAAGCAGCAUUCUGACCCUACUUAAGAAUAAUUUGAGUCAUUUAUAACGUUUUAUCAAAUAAUCUAUCACAGGUAUUGAAAAUUUAAGGUUUGAAAUAUAUUUUGGUUUUAGUCGAAUUUAAACAUACAAAAUUUUUUACCUGUCACGGAGGUUAUUUGCUAAACACUAAACUUUAAGUUCCUAGUGUUGGAUUUUUAGUAGCUGGUCUAAAUCGCGCAAAAGUAGGCGUUUAUCAAUUUGAAAGUUUUUUGUUUAUUGUUGUCUUAGUAAUAUCGAUUUUACUAAAACUUACAUUUUGACAAAUUUCAAUCUAUAGUCAAUCAUUGGUGAAAAUUUUAUAGCGAUCAGACACGGAUAAAAUCACUUUUAAAGCGAUUGAAAAAUAUCGGUAUGGCCUCUGAAAAACUAUAUCGAAACACCUUAAAUAUCAAUCUUGUCAAUAAAUGUAACCUAUUAGUAUAUAUAUCACAGCUUGUAAGGUAUCCUACAAUUCAGUCUUCUGACUGCAAAAGGGACAAUAAACCAGUGAUUUCAUUUGAUUUGAUUUGGUUUGUCCGUCAGAUCGAGUCAGCUCGCUCCUGUAUUCUGCAGUUAUGAAUUAUAUAGCGCCGGAAAUCAGUAUUAUUACUAAACGAUAUCCCGAGGUAAUUGCCUGUAUAAGUGAUUUUUCCAAAGCCUGAAAUGAAACAUCUGCCAUUCACCUCAGUUUUUAGUGCGUGCUUUAAGGUGACUCGACCCAGUAUUUUUAUAGGAACACCCUCCGUCUUUGAAUCUCUUAUACUUAAACAAAUCGAUCUGUAUUGUAAAACGAUUAUGACACACGGAUUACACUUAGACUAAACUUUUUUAUGGUAUUAUUUUUUGGGCGAUGGGAAUAAUUGUCACGUACAAUGACUUCUCGACGGUUUUAGCUCUAAAUCGAAUUUCAGCCCUGUUCGGCAUUUUCUUUUGAAAUGUGUUACCUAGUUAUUCUUUGGAUAUCUUUCUUUUGCUGUGCGAAGUUUCACAAAAAUCUAUGAGAAGAAUUUCGAGAUAUCUUGGAAUUUCUAUAAAAAGGGUAUAAAUUAUGCCUGCACUGAAGACUGGACUUAAUGCAGACAAAUUUCCUACUUUUUGGAUGUUUCCGAAAAGGCUUUGUCACUCAUUUGUUUUGCAAAUGACCUUUAUACACUCUAGAAGCCGCUGAACGCAAGCACACUUGCGCGAUUUCGAAACACAUGAAAAGGUAUGAAUCAGGGUAGAACGCAAUGCUGAGCUCUUUUUGUAAUUUCUAAGGCUACGUUCACUAAAACAGCGAUUAAAACAAAAUUCGUCGAUAGAUUUUUAAAAAUUUUUUAGUACAUUAAUUGAUCAGUGUACUAUUAAAUUCCCGAAUUUGGUGUCGAUUGAAAAAUUCUAAAGUUUGUCUAACUUAGGCGCAAAAGGGAGUGGAUAUUGAAGCGACGUCAUAUAUCUGGCUAAGUUUUUGCUCUGGGUCUUCCUAUUGUCUUGAGUUUACCUCAACAGCAAAUUCCCAUGCAGCACCCGCGAAUUUACCGCGCUUGGUUGCCCUCUGAAAUCUUUCCGAAAUAUGGUAUUAAAUGCCAUAGAAUGGGAGAAAACAAUAGCGAAAAGAAUUCAGAGGGCAACCAAGCGCGGUAAAUUCUCGCGUGCUGCAUGGGAAUUUGAUGUUGUGUAACCUUCAGCUGAAUAUCACGUCUUUUGAAGUCAACAAGAACUGUAUUUCAAAAGCAACUUUUAAAAUUCCAUGGCGGACGUGACACCCCCCCCCCCUUAAUUAAGUCAUAGCACAACUAAAGCGAAGCUCGACCAAUAAGGCGUUGUCCCUAAAAGCGCCUCUCAGCAAUAUUAACAACGCGUUACAAUUAGUAUAUUUAAAAAAUAUCAUUGAUAGGUACAUGUAUGGGGGUACCUGUCUUUCCUCCCUCAGCUCAUGCUUGUCAAUAAUUGGCGACCAGGAAAGUCCAUUUAUGGCAUGAUUUCCAGUGUCGGUCAGAGCUGUCUGCCAAAUCGGUCGAUUCUUAGAAUCCACCCUCCAUUUUCAUGCAAUUUGAAUCAAAACCUCUUCCAGAGGAGUAUUCAUUUUUUUUCUUUUUACCGGUCUAGUCGUUCAGUUUAGACUGAUGGUAAUUGAGUACAGGUUUACUCGUAAGAUUUGUUAAUGGCCUAAUGACUGCUUGUCUGUUCUCUUUCUGCGUAGGAGUAGAAUUCUGUGUUGGUAAGCCCCUUGACGACUCUUUCCUUCAUGUGAUACGCGAUGAAGUUCAAGCGCUUUCUGGGUCAUUACCUGAUUGGCUAGAAAAAACAAAUAGCGAUAUAAAGCAAGUACGCGACAUGCUAAAGUGUGAGUUUGACAAAAUUCAAGCAAUGUUUAAUGAAGUGAUCAGAGGCGGGCACGAAAAAGCACUGACAAACCAAGAGCUGGGACCGGAAGUGUUUGAUGCGCCAGAUCGAAACAAGUGGUUUACAGGAAGACAAAUAGAAAUAGAAUCGCUUGAAAGGUGCCUUGCUUUGAAAAACAGCGACCACUACUUUAGAAUGGCGGCUAUUUGUGGCCUUGGUGGAUGUGGAAAAACGACUUUGGCAGCUCAAUUUGCUUGGAAACAUAAACCAGAAUACGAGGGAGGUGUAUUUUGGCUCUCAAUGGAGGAUGAGGAGAAGUUUGGCAGCUGUGUUAAUGACCUGGCUUUACGUUUAGGACUGAUGGCAGAUUCGUCAGAUUAUACACUGUCAAAAAUUCUUUCGUUUAUAUCCCAUCAAAAAAAGCGCUGGCUAAUGGUACUUGACAACGUCGACCAACCACAACUUUCUGAUUACAUGGUUAAAGUUUUGUCUGGAAGAUGGAAAAGAGAGUCAAAUGGCCACAUGAUAAUAACAACAAGACGGGAAAGAAAAGAAAUUUGUCAGUGGAUAGAUCUUGAGCCACAUUGUUGUGUAGAAGUCUUCUCUUUUUCUACCCAAGAAGCAAAAAAUUUUCUUUUAACUCGUGCUGGUGGUAACAAUGCUGCAGGCCAAGAGAAUGAGCUAGAUGAGCUGGUGGUUGAGCUUGGCUGUCUUCCCCUUGCUUUAGAGCAGGCUGGUGCGCAUAUCCGAUCGCUUCAGUGCCCUUUAAGUAAAUAUCUGGAGCAGUACAAACGCGAACGGUUACAGUUGUUGAGCGAGCAUCAAGCAAAUCCCUCAUGGGAAUACGAGUCUCGAAGUCGUCUUUCAGUCCACACUACAUGGCUAUUAAACUUUGAGUAUGUGAAGACCUCAAAGUAUGGAGAAAUAGCAACCAGAUUUGUACAUGCAGCUGCUUUCUUUGAUCCGGAUGAAAUAUACGAAGGACUUAUUAAUGCGGAGCUUCUUUCUCGUGACGUUCUAGAUGAAAAAGAAAGGGAACUCCCUCUUACGAAUAGCCUCAUAGUAGAAGUUUUGACCAAGUUUUCACUUUUCCAGAGAAAGUCUGUUGGAUUUAUUAGGAUACAUCGCGUGGUGCAGGAAGUCAUUCGUGGAACAAUGAAAUCUGAAGAAAUCACAAAGGCAAUGCGCACUUCAUUUCAGUUGAUAAAGAACGCCGCUUCGCUGAACAGUGAAUCGUCGACAGAUAAAUCUGUUUUCUCCACUAUCCGUCACUGGCUGUCAUUAAAGAGACAUAUAGCGUACCAUUUAUCUCAUUUUGGACAUAAACUGGAUGUCUCACUGACUAACGAACUGACGAGAUUAGUAGAAGAAGGUGCGGGAGAAAUAGUGUUCGCAAUCACUCAAACUUUAGAAAGUUCAAAGCAAACUCCCGAAAAUAAUCGUAGAUUAUCUGCGUUGGUCGAUGGCGAUUACGGCAAGUAUCUA